AUAUUAACCAUAUGGGCUACACAAACGGUUUGUCGUCCUCUUAACGAAGAAUACAUGUUAAAGAGGCAUGAAGAAUGGAGAGCCCAACAUGGACGUGUCUACAAAGACACAGCAGAGAAACAGAAAAAAUACCUGGUUUUUAAGGACAACCUUGAACGUAUUGAAUCCUUUAACAAUGGUGUGGACCGUGGAUACAAGCUAGGACUCAACAAAUUUGCAGACUUAACAGAUGAGGAAUUUCAGGCCAUGCACCUUGGUUACAAGAGCCCACCCUCCAAAUUAAUGUCCACUUCAAAGUCCAGAUCCUUUAGGUACAGAAAUGUAACUUCUGUGCCAACUACUAUAGAUUGGAGAAAGGCCGGUGCUGUGACCCCUGUCAAAGAUCAAGGCUCCUGCGGAAGUUGCUGGGCAUUCUCAGCAGUGGCAGCAAUGGAAGGGAUCACAAAACUCAAAACUGGCAAUUUAAUAUCUUUAUCAGAGCAAGAGCUCGUAGAUUGCGACGUAGCAGGUGAGGAUUAUGGUUGUGACGGAGGUUUCAUGGACACUGCUUUCCAAUAUAUCCUAAAAAAUGGAGGUCUCACGAGUGAGGCUAAUUACCCCUACCAAGGAGAAGAUGGCAUCUGCAGCAAGAAGAAGACGGCAACUUCUACGGCUAAAAUAACUGGAUAUGAAGAUGUGCCAUCUAACAGUGAAAAGGCUCUCUUGCAAGCUGUGGCAAACCAACCAGUUUCUGUUGCUAUUGAUGCUAGUGGGUAUGACUUCAGAUUUUACUCUUCUGGUGUCUUUAAAGGGGACUGUACUACUGAUCUCAACCAUGCUGUUACUGUAAUUGGGUAUGGUAGUAGCAGUGAUGGUACUAAGUAUUGGUUGCUAAAGAAUUCAUGGGGCACCGGUUGGGGUGAGAAUGGGUAUAUGAGGAUGCAAAGGGAAAUUAGUGCAAAAGAAGGCCUCUGUGGCAUUGCCAUGAAAGCUUCGUAUCCAACUGCUUGAAAUUGAACAAGGAGAAGCAUAAUGGCAAUAAAUCCUAUUUGAUGUGUUAGUAUCAGGAAAUUUAUAGGCUGUAAAAUGUUCUGCUAUCUGUGCUCAUUCUAUCUUUCAUGCAGUUGUAUAAUUUCAGCAAUAUGUGUUUACUAUCCAUGCAUAAAGGUUCAUUUAUUUUAGCUAUCAAGUACCAACCUGUAGUGUAAGCAACUAAAUUGCUAUCAAAAUUUGAUAUGACUUUUCAAUUUUUUCAGGGAA